AGUCUGUGAGAACGCUUCGCGGACGAAGAAACGGGCCACGAAGAAGCACCGCCUGCGCGUCCGCGGCGGCGUUAAUGAAUGUGCGAAGAGCGCGAGGUCGCACUCCAUGGGAAGGGAGCCUUCCCACGGGAACGCAGGUUGCAACUAUAUUCCGCAUUUGAGAGGCGAGACGCACCCGCAUGCUGUCCGGCGCAUCACGACCUGUUGCCCGACGCUGCGCGCUCGUCAGGGGGAAGCACUCACGCGUCUUCUACUCGCUGACGCGCUGGCGUAGUCUGGGAAUUGCCUUGCCUUCGGAUAAUUUGCCUGAUCACUUAGGGCUUCGGGGGCAGUGAACGAGGCUCCGACGAGUUGCUUUGGCACAUGGACAGGAAUAGGAGAGUAAGAUCAUCUACACAACCCCUCCUCGUAGGAUCUUCGUCUGCUCGGACCCGAGGAAGAAAGGGUCAAUGCAGGUACAAGACGUUGAGGCUAGGAGACAGCGUUU